GGUGAAUUGAGUGACAGUUCAAGCUCAGGCGGUGUCGUCGUCGCGUCGGGAGUUUAGAAAUUAUCUAUCGCAUAGCAAUUCCAGAGGAAUUGCUCCACAAAAUCCGGUUAAAUUUCUCCUCAAAAGGGUGUUUUGCAGUGAUUAGUUUCACUUUUGGCCACCCAGUGGAUUCCAUCUGUGUUCUAUUCCCAAAAUUUAAGCCUAAAUUUGCGGCAUCUGCGAAUUUACAGCCGACCUAGGCAUAAAACAGACUUUUUGGUUUUUCUUUUACACCGCAGAGGUUUCUUGAUUUUUUUAUACCUCUCUUGAGUGCAGAAGAGAUUUUCACUGUUUAUUUCUGUGACAAUAUAUUUUCCUGCAGUGUUGCCUAAAAUUAAGUCUCUUCAUUGCUCAACACUGAUAUCACACACAUUUACGAAAAAAAACCCAAGAACUUGAUGACAACCACAAUGCUGUAGUGCCGGCGGAGAGUAUUUAAGGAAAAAUCAUCACAUUUUUUUUCGGGUGUGAUUCCCAUCACAUUCAAUACCCGAAGUCAAUCCCCUCAUUGACUUCGAAUAAUAAUACCCACGUUCCUCCCCUUUUGGGUCACACGGAGUGACUUCUGGAGGGACAGCCGUGAGGACGAGAUAGUAAAAAAGAACCCAUAGGCUUGUACGCUACAAUUAAGUACGACAAUGAUCUCAACGAGGAGAAAUGGGACAAGUUACUCAUUUCAUCUGCAUUGGAGCAUCGUCAUUGUGAUUGGAAGCCUAAUAGUUGCCGCAGCACAGCAGGAUUUCCAAUUUGAAAAUGGAAAUAACGAGGAGGAUCUGCAGUACGUCUUCACGGAGCCCGUGGAGCAAAUUGCAGAGACGGUGAAACCCACCAAAAAUACACAUUACGAAAAGGAAUUAUCGCAAUGUCCCCAUUCAGAGAGCAAAAUUGUCCUCUCGCUUGUGCUAAAGUCACAAAGUUGGAGUAAUAUUGUUGACAAUAAGAAGACUAAAGCUGUAAAUAAGCUUUCUCGGUUCUUCAUGGUCCCAAAGAAAUUUUUCCAUUUCGACGACAUUUCGCGGCGUGACAUUUACGAAAUGGUAAAAUACUCAUCAAAUCGCGGACCAAAUCCACCAAAUAUGGGCUCUAGUAAAAAAGUAGGACGGAUAGAAUUUGUGGUGGGAUGUGACAAUGAACUCUUCCCCACGGGCAAAUUAAUUGCCAAUCAAAUCGCGGAACAAAUGAAGGAUGGCACCAUUGCUGAUAUAUCUGGCUUGGAAUUUGAAUGGUGGUCCGUAUGGAGACGACGUGCGAGCAAUAGAGUUCCGCGGACAAAGCGUGAGACGGAAGGAUCGGGUGAAGAUGAGUACGAUGAUUACUAUGACGAAGAGGAUGAAGAAGAAGAGGAAAUAACCGAAGUGCCAACCGUAUCAACACAUGCACAUCGACAUCAUCAUGUUGAUAACAACAUUUUAGAUCGCGAUAGUAGAAUUGGCCUGACAAAGACAGUUCAGGCACCACAGAAUGGUCCUCAGGUACAAUUGGUAGCUGAUAGUGUUUCAGGGAAGACACUUGAUGCCCUCGAUCCGGAUAUUCGGGAGAGUGUAUCGAUUCUUGAGUCCGAAAUCUCCAAGACAAUUGAGAAUAAUAUGAGUAAAAUUAAGGAGAAUGAGGAGGAAAUUGAGAAGAUUUUGGAAGAUGCACGAAAGAAGAAGCCAACGGGUAUCUUCACGGAUAAUUUUAAUGUGGAGGAGGCUGAAGAUGAUUUUAUAACACCAAUUAUUGAGACAAUUCCGGAAGAUGAAAAAAUUGAGAUUAUCAAAAAGCCCCUACCAACGACACUGCCUCCAACAACAUACAGACACACGACACCGCCAGUGGUGACGAUGCCCGGAAAGAAGGGCAUUGAGGAUGAUUAUGUGAUUGAGGAUGUGUCCCACAUACGUAAAGAUGGCAUAAAGCCAAAAUAUGGGAAAGAUUUCGACACAACAGUGACACAUGUGCCAUCGGCCACCUCCACAGCCUCCACUACACUUGCAAUAGACAGAGAAUUGAUUGGGAAAGUCAAUCAUGGGGAGCAAUUUUGGAAGGCCAUAACAAAAUCUCCGGGUGGAUUUGAGGUAAAACCCGUGACAAAUAGCCAAAUGGUAACAGAUAAAUCAACCGAGGUGACCACAAAAAGCACAUUCCGUGACUCUCAGACCACCCCUAGCACACCUCUGGCAAGUACAGAGAGUACACAACAAGAGCAAACAAGCACAACCACUUCCUUGGCAUCGCAAACACCCACCCAGACCUCCCCGAAUGCAUUCACCGCCACGGCGACAGGUGCCAGUGCCACGGUCAAGGAAGGAGAAAUUGAGGAGGAAGAGGAAAAACUGACUGACUCAAUCCUACCGGAUGCAACUCACCGAGAAUCAACAACUUACAAAUCCCCGGAAACGACACCGACAAGCAAUUUGGCAGAAAAGGCAACAAGAAGUCCAUUUGCAGUCAUCCCAGAGGAACCCCGUGCAUCUGCUACAACCACAGAGAUGCCCGAUGAUUACGACGAGGAGGAUGAUGAUGAAGAAAUAAUCAGCAGAACGUCCAUCUACGAUGCCGUGCCAACGGUCUCGCCCACAACUGAGAGUAGCCCAACGACCACAACUUCAGCUCCGACGACAACAACAACAACCGAAAGGAUUGUCACAACGACGGAGUACAUUGAGCCCGAACCAGUAAAUAGUCCCCCAAUGAUUAAGAAUCGGCUACCGAAGCAGGCCCUUACCGCGGGAAAACCAUUCAGCCUGCAUGUACCCCUGGAGACGUUCUACGACAACGAGGAUGUGUAUAAUUUGCAAUUAGUGCUGUACGACAAGAAUGAUCAUCCCCUGAAAGCUAAUUCGUGGAUUCAAUUCAACAAGGAGACGCGAGAGAUUUAUGGAUUGCCCCUGGAGGAUGCUGUAUCACGAUGGCAGUAUCGUCUUCAUGCUAGCGAUAGCAUUGGUCAAAGUGUCACGGAGACAUUGGACAUCUCUGUGCAGCAACAUAAAUCCCACCGCAGUGCCAAUCAUGAGAUCAGCAUUGGCAUAAGGUUGAAUGAGAAAUUCAGCAAUAGCGUUGACUGGCAGAUGAAGGUGGUGCGAGCAAUUGUGAGCACAAUGGGGGAUGCUAGUAUGAACAAUGUCGUUGUCAGGGAAAUCAGGCAUAGUCAGCAAGACCCCAAUUCAGCUACAUUUGUCUACACCAAUGAAACUCUGCCCAAGGAUAGGUGUGUUGAGGAGGAACUGGAAGGACUUGUGAAGCGUCUUCACACCAAAGACUUCUCCGACGUUCUUAUGCCGGAGAUUUCUGUGAAGUCAGUCACUGGCCAACCAAUAGGCCCAUGCCAAAAGCACUCUGUUCCCAAACCCAAACCCACACCAACCAUUUCGAAGAACUUUGCUCCAGUUCCGAGAAAUCAAGUUGAUCGUGUGAAUGCAACAGUUGGUCAGUUGCUCAUCUUCCAAGUCCCGCAGGAUACCUUCUACGAUCCAGAGGAUGGAACUAAUCUGCGACUAUCAUUGCUGUCCCUGGAAGGAUCCAAGCUUGAUGCUAAGCAUUGGCUGCAGUUUGAUUCGAAAAAUCAGGAGUUUUAUGGGAUUCCCAAGCCCGCUGAUGUUGGUCAAAGGGAGUACCUUUUAGUUGCUGAGGACAGAGAAGGACUCACGGCAACAGACGCCCUGGUUGUUGUUGUCAAUCAUGCUCCUAAACGAGACUACAGUGCACUCUUUGAGAUGACUCUUGGGAUUUCCAAUGAAAACUUCAAUAACUCAGCCACUCAACGUAGAUUCAUCGAGAGGGUGGCUCAGGCCUUUGGGGAUGUUUCCACAGCUAACAUUCAGGUGAGAUCAAUUCGAGCUCUCCAUCAUUCUGGACACACCCUCGUGAGCUUCUACAACACAACAAUCUACCGCCAACAUCACAUCUGCCCACAUGAUGAGAUUGAAGUUCUCAGGAAUGUUCUAAUGUACCCCGAUGCAAGUGUUCGUGAUCGUGUCCGUGAAACAAUUGGCACUGAAUUCAAUCUUCUCAGUGUGAAUCUCAUCCCAGCUGGAACGUGCCAGGGUACUGAUACGAUGAUCCACGAUCCAUUUGUACCCAUCAAGACGGAGGAUAAACCAGCACCAACUUUCAAGGAUGACUACCUCCUGACCUUUGUUCUUCCUGCUGUGAUUAUUCUGGCUAUGCUGCUGCUUGCAUCCAUCAUUGCUUGCGUGCUUCAUCGACGUAGACUCACGGGGAAGAUGGAACUCGGGGAUGAGGAGGAGAGACGAUCAUUCAGAAGCAAGGGGAUUCCGGUGAUUUUCCAAGAUGAGCUCGAUGAGAAACCCGAAAUUGGGAAUAAGUCGCCGGUUAUUCUGAAAGAUGAGAAACCGCCGCUCCUGCCACCAUCCUAUAACAGCACCAAUCCCGAUGGUGACAACGAGGAUGUGGACGAGUACGUUCCACCACCAGCCGUGAUUAUCGGUGGCCGGGAGAGUCGAGGAAAGUCUCCAGUCACACCGUCAUACAGGAAGCCACCACCGUACGUAUCGCCUUAAAAAGGGACACCAUCAAACAAUCAUUAAUAAUUGUAAAAUCGAGUCAUAUUUUUAAGCAAAAAAAUGGGGUAAUAAAAGGAAGAAUUGAAAGCAUUAAGAACAACUCGCGACUGCACAAAAGAUCAAGCACUAUUCUUGAUAUUUUGCUAAAAGAAACAAUCAUCAUUUUUUUUUAUGUAAAAUUCUCUUUGCAAAAAAGAGAAAAAACUCGCACAUACUUUCUUGCACCAACAUAAGCAUUAUUUUAUAUUGAUGUGAAAGGAAGGAAAUUUUUUAUUAAAUCUAUCAAUUUAUUAGAUUUUAUCCUAGUUGUGUAGGUGUGAAGUUUUUUUCUUCAUAAAUUAUUUCACGUUUUUUCAUGUAAAUGUAGUGAUUUUAUACGACUGACCAUGAAUUUUCAUCAAAUUUUGCAUUCUUAGAGCAUGCAAAAUGGCGCCAAAGUUUUGGUGAAAAGUCUCCUAAAAUAAUUUUGUUUUUUUCAUAAACCCCUCGAGCCGCUUUUCAAUGUUGCGAACAAGAAAAUUUCUUAUCAUACACGUGAAAAUUCACUGCCAAAACCAAAAAUUUUUGUGAAAGAAAAGAGUUUCAAGAUUUGUGAAAUUAUCUGAGCACGUAGGAUUUUUUCGUAAUCACCGCGUACAAUAACUUUGUGAGAUAAGAUGAGUUUUUUUUUCAUUUUUUUUUAUAGAUAUCACAAAGAAAAUGAUUAAGAUUUUAAAUGCGAAAGUAGAACACAUAUUACGACCAUUUAGAAGAAAAAAAUCCUUAAAUGAAGAAGAAAAUUAAUGAAAAACUGCUUCCAAUUCCCAACGUUUUUUACAAAACACACAAAAAAGAAAAUCUUUUAGACAGCAAGAAAAAUAAUAAUAUAAAAUAUUUUUUAAGGAAUUGCAAAUGCAGAGAAGAUCAAUCCAAUUGAGAAAGAAAAAUAAAUAAUAGAAAAACCAAUAAUUGUACUAUAUAUUUUUAUAAAAUAAAAAUAAUAAAGAAAAUAAAAGGUAUAAAAUAAAAAUCACAUUGCAUAACGAAUAACAAUAUAUCCCAGGAAAUGAUUUGCAGAGCAGCUAUAUAUAAUUUUAUCAGGAUUAAUCUAAAAGUGAAUAAAUUAUUUUUUCAAUUUUCAAGGCAUAGAAAAAAAUGAAAAAUUUGUAAUUUUCCUAAAAUAAAAAAACGACCUCAAAACCAGCACGAAAUCACAUUAAUUAUUAGAAAUAUAAUAUCAUUCAAUUGAGCUUUAAAAAGCUCGUGAACUGGAUAAUGAAGAAAACCUAAUAAUUGUGGCAUUUUAUUUGUGAAAAUAAAUCUAACUCUAUGCUAGUUGCGUAAGGAAUAAAAGGAUUAAUAAUCGUAUAAUUGACCUAUGUAUAAAAUAUAUAUUUAAAGAAAAAAAGUAUACAGCGAUGCAUUAAACAAUUGUGGAAAUUUUUGUAUAUAGAAAUUAAUAAAAGAAAAAACAAGAAAAAAUCAAUCGGAGUGGAAUAAGAACGUAGCUUUUCCUUAUAGGUAUGUAGAGAAUGAAUAAAAAUGGAAAUUGAAAGGAUAAUAUUAAAAAAUCUGACUAUUUUGUGUAGUGCAGUGAAAAAACAAUAAUAAAAAAAACGAUGAAAGUAUCUAAACUAUGAAUUUGCAUAAGAAAAUGCACCUCCAAAAUUCUCUUCGGGCUAAAUUUAUAGAGGUUUUAGUUACCGAAUGAGAAGAAAAAUAAUUAAACGGUAAUAAAGAUUGAUAUUAAGUAAA